CUCUAGUCCAACUCAUGUACGCAGCUGUCGCUGCUCACCUUCCUCCUACCAACACUCCGCGCCUCUCGAAAACAUCACCAGCUUCUCUUUUCUCUUAUAUACAACACUUCAAGUCUAUACUACAACCAUGAGCUCCAAAUUCCGUUCCGACCUCGAGCGUGAGCUGGACCCACUGGGUCUCAACGUAUCAUUCCCCAAGGAGCCAGUCACUGUCAGCCACCAUCGAUCAGCCGGUCACAUCCCUUUGCCAGGAACCGGGCCCGCCGAUCACCGCAUGACAAGGACGGAGCGGAAGCACGAGCAAACAGCCAAGCACUCGUUGAAAGUGGAAGCUCACCGCCAAGCUGCACUACGAGAAAACAUGAGCUCGUCCGGCACAUCUUCGCAGUCAAUCCCGAAGAUUGGAACCGUGCAACCCGUCAAGAUCUCUUCCUUCGCGCGUGCCAAGAUCGUCGACAACGUCGGCAGCAGUGCGGUGACUGGCCGCGGCGGUGAGCCAAGCGGUCAUGAAAAGAAGCCCGUCGCUCGCGGCAGCGAGAAUCCCAGCCGUAGAAUCGCCCACGUCAAUCGAGGAUCGCCCGAGACGCCUCAAAAGCCAACCACCAAGUCUCCUCCAACCUCGCAAAAGAUACGAUCCGCGUCUUACAAGACGCCGCUGAGGAACGUCUCUGCGCUUCCUCCGCCAAAGUUUCAACUCGACGCCCAAAUGGGACACGGCAAUGCCGCCUCUUCUUCUGCCAACACCAGCCGCGACCCAGAGAAUUGGGACAUCGCCCAGACCAUGGCGUUGUUUCAUAUCGACAACAAAACCCAAGACAAGAACGUCCCGCAGGCUACGAAGAUCGCACUGGGUACUAGUCAGCAAAAGUCAGCUGUCCCUCCACAUCUUCGGAGGGUUGAGCGAAAGGUUGCCGAGCAGAUUGACGACCCUUUUAUCGAGAAGCCCAAGAUUGAGGAGCCCAAGAUCGAGCAGCCCAAGAUCGAGAAGCAACCCCCUGUCAAUAUAGGGGCCAAGUACGAGCGCUACUGCGAGGCCCGCGAGAUCAUGUGGAAAGAGAAGGACCUCGGCUUCAAGGAUGAGCAUUGCUCGGAGGAGUCGAACCUCAUGGACAUGCCCUCAGCCUCCUUCAACUUGCUGCUCAAGUAUGUCAGGGACCACCACGACAAGCGCGCUCACGACUUCGCGAACGCCAUGGUCAAGACGUACGGCCCCGACAAGCAGUUCAACAUGAGCAACAUGCAGCAUUACGCCGGAGGCUCCCCUUAAAAGGGUUGAUUGGUCAGACUACGAUACCAACAACUGAUGAGGAGCCUCUCAUCAAACGACAGCGGCCAAUCAAAAUUCUGUCGUUUGGUAAUGACUACAAGUCUUGAUAAACGGUAAGCGAUUGUCACCUUUUGACUUUGUGGUUGCCAGCCACCCUCCCCGCUCUAUUGCCUCCCCUUUCCCAAGCACACGUUCUCUGAUUUGGUGGAAUGAAUUUGGACUUGUGACGCGAGGUUCGUUUUACUCUGCCCACCUUGACUACGUAGCUUUCAGCCACACCCUUUAUUUUCAAUUGAUCGUUCGGAACUACACUUUGGUCAUUUCAAGGAACGGCAAUGGGUAUGCGACAUGGGCUUCUUCUCUGGUUAAUUUCUUUCUCUCUUGCUUUCAUGUA